UUAAACUUUGAUCAAGCCGAGCCGAGCCUGGCAGUGGAAGAGCUGAAGAGCGGGAGUCUCCCCACGACAAGGCCGACACGAGGACAGACAGAGCCGACCAUGAAGCUGGUCCUCAUCUCACUGUUCAUCUUCCUUCUGGAUGCGGCAUUGGCUGCGAUGCUCAAGAUCACUCUUCCGCAGAGUCUGUCUGUGAGGGAGGGAGAGAACGUGACUAUUCCAUGCUCCUUCUCCCCACCGGCAACCCACCCAGACCACAUCAUCAUCCAGUGUUUCACGAUGCCCAGACGCUACGCAGAGAACAUGACGAGAAGAGAGAUGAAGAAGAUUUAUCAAACGAGGGAUGAGAAAGAGGACUUCAGUAUCGUUAAGUCUGUGGGAGACGUGCUGAUGGGAGACUGCUCCAUCGGCAUCCCCAACUUCCCCAAUAGCCUCGGCCCCGUGGCUCUGUGCCGCAUCGACUGUCGCCGAUGCAACGCGGAGAACAACGAGGUGCAAGGGGAGGUGCUGCUGGACGUGAUGCCUGCAGCCCCACAGUCACACGGUGGGGGCGUGAGUGACGCCACCCUCGCCCCUCUAGAGGAGACCUCGGACAAGGGAGGGGUGGUGGCUGCCUGGAUCCUGCCUGUCGUCAUCUCCGCCAGCGUCAUCUUCAUCGUUGUCUCCGUCUUCAUCUGGCAGAAACGCCAUCCGUCUUCAGGGCUCUGCCUCCACUCACGCAGUGGCGGCAGGAAUGCAGACGUGCAUGGGGACGUGCAUGGGGACGUGAACGGGCAGCUGCUGAUGAACGGACACGAAGAGAAAAGACUAAAAGUAUUGGAGAUCGUGGACGUUUGAUAAUGUUCAGGCAUCUCGAUGCCCCAUCUGAUUGGUUGGCACGUGGAGCGGAUCGCACACACAAACUGCCCGUGUGCUCCGUGUUCCACGUUUUAUUUGAAACCUUAGACCAUCAUGCCUUUGUCACCUCUUGCCUUGACAACCGUAACUCUCGACUGGAUAUCUCUCGUGUGUCUCCAACUCUAUAUCCUGGAUUUCUCAGAGUGUCCGUGAACAAAACCACAUGACUCCAAUCCUGAAAUUGCUGCACCAGGUUCCCGAGUCUAUCUGGGGUGCACUUGAUAGUGGGCGCCACCAUGGCGAGAUGUUAACUACCUCGCCUGCUAUACAGGAGGUCGUGGGUUCAAUCCCCACCCUGACACCUGCCCGUAUAUUUGGAGUUGCUAUUGCAUAAUCUACCGAUGGGAUAAUUGCUCCAUUAUCUGCAUAAUUCUCUCCCAUUGUCUCUUUUCCCAAAUUCUUGUAUUAACCCUGUGAUCAAUUAUGGUGGGUAUUGGUGGAGGUAAAAUGUCACUUUUUUACUCUAUUUUCAUUAUUCACAUUAACCCGGUCAGAAGUAAUUUUCAAAGUGUCGCCAAAAAAUGCGUGUGAUGGUGAACGUGUGGUGGUGAACGUGGGUGGGCGAGUGGCUGGAUGAGUGGCUGGAUGAGUGGCUGGGUGGGCGAGUGGAUGGAUGGGUGAGUGGCUGGGUGGGCGAGUGGCUGGAUGAGUGGCUGGGUGGGUGGGCGAGUGGCUGGGUGGACGAGUGGCUGGGUGGACGAGUGGCUGGGUGAGUGGUUGGAUGAGUGGCUAGGUGAGUGGCUGGAUGAGUGGUUGGGUGAGUGGCUAGGUGAGUGGCUGGGUGGGUGCACCCUAUGCAAAGUGCCUACUGUGAGCUAUGUGAUAACACGCCCUGUUCGACAGG